AUAUAUUUCAAUACGCUGAGGGGGGAUGAAUGUAGUAGUUUUGAUGUAAAUUUAUAACAUUUGGCAAGCUUGUACGCAACAACAAUGAUGGUGGUGAGAUUAAGAGAAAUACCUAUGCAAACAGUGCGCUCUCGUACAUAUACGGUGCUUCUAGCUUUUGUAAACUGAAUACCGGCGCAUGAAUUUAUAAACGAACUCUACUUUUUAUAAAUAACUUGACCUUAGCUAACUCGUCUAAUAAUCCAUUGUGUGGUGGCGUUUACAUCCUUAUCUUUAAGUGCAACAAAAUCAGCUUGAAAAACAUCAGAUAAAAAUUUGAAAAAAAGACAGUGCAUAUGAGCAAACGCAUGAACGAUACGAGUAUGCAUACAAUUGCUUUCACAUAUGUAGAUAUGCAUAAGCGUACCGGAGCAACGCGGCUAAUCAAGCCAUCAGCCAAUGUUUUGAGAUCCUUAAGCAUCUCGGCUCUUUUUUUGUCGCAGAAAGUGAAAGCCCUUUACGUUGUUCACAUUACGUUAUUGACAUAGGAAUAAGUAUGAAAUCUCUACUUGAUCUGAACGACGAUUGUCUCAUAGAAAUAUUCAAAUACCUCAGCCUUGUGGAAGCGUUUAAAGUAAUCGAUGUGCGCAACGCACGUCUUACGGAAAUCGCACAUCAAAGAAUUUCAACAUUCAAGGAGCUCAAUAUUACAAUACGAGAAUUUCCGAAUUUCAACGCAGAGCAGCUGCGAAUAAUAGGUGAAAAUAUAUACAGCCUUAGUAUGACUUGCGGAUACUCAAUACCAACACAAAAUGUAUUAAAUAUAAUGCAGCCGCUCUGCAAAGGAGCUGCCGCUACUAAUCAAUUGCGCGUGUUUUCGCUAAAUUAUGUAUAUUUCAAUAAAGAAUACUGUCAAUACAUCGGCAACGCAGCGGCAAAGUUACAAAAGCUCAAUUUGAAUUAUUGCCAACUAACCGACAAACUUUUAACAGACUUACUGAAGAGCUGUAACGAUUUAUUAGAACUAGAAAUAUUGGGCAAUUACACGUUGAACGGGGAGUUUUUGAACAAACUUCACUUACCUACCUUACGAGUACUCAAAUUGGAAUUGCAUGCGGAGUGGAACUAUCCCAUGGAGAAUUUUAAAAUUAAAAACCCAAAUGUUAAAUUGAUAAUAUAAGAUGCUGAAGUCUUAGAUAUGUUGCUAUAUUCAAUAUUUUAUACUUACAAAACUAAGUAAAUACAAACUGUAUAAAGCAAAUAAAUGAAAAAAGAAGAACUCAAAAUAUA